AAAUGUAAUUCGAAAAGAUGUUUAAAUGCGGCGUCUUAAUGACUUUUAUUUCAGCAACAGUGCCGGGUGCGCGCGCUGCGGUUCAUCCGGCAUCAUGUCGGCAGCUGAGCGCGCGCUCGAGACCCCAUCAGAUGGGAGCUCUCCUCAAUCCAAACAGGAAGUGGAGAUGAUUGUGGCUGUAAAGGGACAACAGAUGGAAGACGUGACUGGACGUCAGGAUGAGGGACGUCCCACCACAUCCACUAAAACUUUCUCAGGCAGCGCUGGUAAAAGCGCUUCUCCCUCCACCUCGUCUCUCUCAUCGCCGUCAUCAGCAUCUGGCAGAGCUAAGAUGAGCGUCUGCGGUCCAGGCAGUAAGACGACUCCGUCCUCAUCUUCAUCGCUCUCCUCUUCCUCCUCAGCUCCUGCUAAAGUCCACCGCGCUCGCAAGACCAUGAACAGACCGCCGUUCCCACAGAUGAAGUCUGCCGAGUCGAUCUCAGCAGCUACACCGGAGAAACCCGUCAGCGGCGGGAAAACAGACGCUGACACAGCUGUGAAGAAGCGUAAAGUGGAUUUGGACUCUGAUGCCACAGUGAAUCCUUCAGGAACUCCAGAGAAGGUCCCGAGGCCACAGGCAGAGCCUGCGCUGACCGUGUCUCCAGCGACGGGGAAGGUGGAGUCAGUUGCCACGGCGACUAAAGAGCAUCACAGCGGUUGGCUGGAGGAUCUAGAUGAGGAGGCAGAUGAGGAAGAUUUCCACCUGCUCUACAACAGUUACUCUGGAGAUGAUCUGAUUUACUCUGACAGCAAGUCAGAUGAUGGGAUAGUAGAGACGCUGGAGGCGGAGCAUCUCUCUGAUCAUAGCUCUGGCUCCGAUCGGCCCCUCGCCGCUUAUAAGAAAACAUCAGCAGAGAGAGACGAGUCGCCGUGGAAACGUCAGGGGAAGGGUAAAGGGAGGGACAGACCCCCUGCUGGAGGGCUGGAGACAGAUAAAGGUGUGGACUCCAGAGCCGCGGUCGCAGUGGGCAGCACUGACUACACUGAGGUCCCUCUGGACUCGCUGGACAUUUCUGCACCGGACAGCCUCUCUCUGUCUCCUCACGCAGAUGGGAGCGAUGCAGAAACCGAGCGUCUGGAGGAGCUUCCUCUGUGCAGCUGCAGGAUGGAGGCGCCGCGUGUGGACGGAUUCAGCGCUCGCUCCAACAGAACCUGCAUGGCCAUAGAGAGCAUCAAUGAAGAGCUGGUGGGCUGCACCAAUGUGAUCAUGAAGGGGGAGACUAUGCGUCCGUCCAGUCGCGUGUCUCUAAUGGUGUUGUGUGAGAUGCACCGUUCACACAUGGUGAAACACCACUGCUGUCCGGGCUGCGGAUACUUCUGCCUUUCUGGAACGUUUCUUGAGUGUUGCCCGGACGUUCACAUUGCUCACCGCUUCCACCGGGGCUGUGUGUCAGUGCUGGGCGGUGGGCGGAGUCGAGGAGGAGUGGGCGUCGGCCUGCUGUUCUGCCCUCACUGUGGUGAGGACGCGUCAGAGGCGCGUGAGGUCACCAUCCCUCCUGCAGUGCCCUCUUCAGGCUCUAAUGUGGUCACUGCAAGUGCGUCGUCCACCACGACAACACCUUCGCUACUUCCUUCCGCGCUUGCGGCCACAUCACGGGCGCUAAACAACGAGAAGAAGAUGGGCGAGCCUAUCAAUGCAAGGAUGCAUUGUCGUGGAGAUGUAAGAAAGGGGGCGGGGCUGCACACUCAGACAGCCAGUGGCACUCCAGGAGGGGGCGGGGUAGAGGAUGUGGUUGCCCUGGGUGACGGCGGGGUGGACAGUGUGGGACCGUCCCUCGUCCUGCCGAAUGGGAAGCCCGUGUGUCCCAGCGCACUUCCACCUGGAGACAAGAGGGCGGCGCUACAGAGAGCCAUUCUCACACAGGACACCGAGAGGAGGAAGAAGCUGCGCUUUCACCCCCGUCAGCUUUAUCCUGCAGCCAAACAGGGUGAAGCUCAGCGAGUUCUGCUCAUGCUCAUGGAGGGCAUCGACCCGUCGUAUCAGUCGGACUCUCAGAACAGACGCUGCGCUCUGCAUGCGGCCGCUCAGAGGGGUCUGCUGGAGGUCUGUUACCUGCUCAUACAGGCAGGUGCUCCAGGGUGGACGGAUCCCAACAAAUUCAAGUUGAUCCAGAGCGGAUCCUGUGUCUAUCAUGCAGAAGAGGACGGAUCCACAGGCCUCCAUCAUGCUGCCAAACUGGGAAAUCUGGAGGUGGUGCUGCUGUUACUGAGCACCGGACAGGUGGAUAUAAACGCACAGGAUAGCGGCGGUUGGACGCCCAUCAUCUGGGCGGCAGAACACCGACAUAUAGACGUGAUCAGAGCUCUGCUCAACAGAGGAGCCGACGUCACGCUCAGAGACAAAGAGAUGAACGUUUGUCUGCACUGGGCGUCGUUCUCGGGCUGCGCUGAGAUAGCGGAGCUGGUCCUGAACGCCGGCUGUCCUCUGACGUCCAUCAACCAGCACGGAGACACGCCGCUGCACAUCGCCGCUCGCGAGGGCUACAUCGACUGCGUCACGCUGUUCCUUUCUCGUGGCGCUGACAUCGACAUCAUGAAUAAGGAGGGCGACACACGCGCUCUCUCUCUCGCCCGCUGUGACACGCCCGUCUGGGUGGCGCUACAGAUUAACAGGAAGUUGCGUAGAGGAAUCUCCAAUCGCAUUGUACGGACAGAGAGGAUCAUAUGCAGUGACGUGGCUCAGGGUUAUGAGAACGUUCCCAUCCCGUGUGUUAACGGCGUGGAUGACGAAGGCUGUCCGUCUGACUACAAAUACAUCGCAGAGAACUGUGAAACAUCCACCAUGAACAUCGACCGCAACAUCACACACCUGCAGCACUGCAGCUGUACAGACGACUGUUCGUCCAGUAACUGUCUCUGCGGGCAGCUCAGCAUCCGCUGCUGGUACGACAAGGAUCAUCGCCUCCUUCAGGAGUUUAAUAAAAUCGAGCCGCCUCUGAUCUUCGAGUGCAACAUGGCCUGCUCCUGCCAUAAAACCUGCAAGAACCGAGUGGUUCAAGCUGGAAUCAAGGUGCGUCUGCAGCUCUACCGGACGGAGAAGAUGGGGUGGGGUGUCCGAGCGCUUCAGGACAUUCCUCAAGGAAGUUUCAUCUGCGAGUAUGUUGGCGAGCUGAUCUCUGACGCAGAAGCAGAUGUGAGGGAGGACGAUUCGUACCUCUUUGACCUGGACAACAAGGAUGGUGAAGUGUACUGUAUUGACGCCCGUUACUACGGUAACAUCAGCCGCUUUAUAAACCACCUGUGUGACCCCAACAUCAUCCCCGUACGUGUGUUCAUGCUGCACCAGGACCUGCGCUUCCCUCGCAUCGCCUUCUUCAGCUCCAGAGACAUUUUCACUGGACAGGAGCUCGGGUUUGAUUACGGCGAUCGUUUCUGGGACAUCAAGAGCAAAUACUUCACCUGUCAGUGCGGCUCAGAGAAAUGCAAACAUUCGGCGGAGGCCAUCGCGCUGGAGCAGAGCCGACUGGCCCGUCUGGACGUCUGUCCCGAAACGGCUGGUGAAGCCGGACUCCCUGUGUUAGGACACUCGUGAUGAGACCCUGAAAUGGGACACACACAUGUACAGCUCUUACAUGCAGUUAUCACAGUGAAGGUUGUGUUUGCAGCUUUGCAUUUCUUCCAUCUGACAGGACACAGGAAACUAUGAAAUGAUAUGACGGCCACGCAAAUGCCUUUUGAAAAUACCACCAGGAUGUAACAUUCAAAUUCAAGGCUGUCAUGUUACAAAAAUGUUACAAAACCUGUGAUUUUAUGCGGACUGUCAUCAGAUCACAAACAGAGCCUCUUUUGCAUUAAAAAUCGUGAGCUUUUUUUUGUAUGUGUAAUUGUUUUAAUAAAAACUGUUUGAUACAGAAA